UGUAGGAAGGAGGAGCUGAGGGCCGCCGCCGUCCGUUGCCGCCAUUGGGAGGAAAUCGAGCAAAGCAAAGGAGAAGAAACAGAAGCGGUUGGAGGAGCGAGCUGCCAUGGAUGCUGUCUGUGCCAAAGUGGAUGCCGCCAACAGGCUCGGAGACCCUUUAGAGGCUUUCCCAGUGUUCAAGAAAUAUGAUCGGAAUGGCUUAAACGUCUCCAUUGAGUGUAAGCGGGUGUCAGGCCUGGAGCCAGCCACCGUGGACUGGGCCUUCGACCUGACCAAGACCAACAUGCAGACCAUGUAUGAGCAGAGUGAGUGGGGCUGGAAGGACCGAGAGAAACGGGAGGAGAUGACGGAUGACCGUGCCUGGUAUCUCAUCGCUUGGGAAAACAGUUCGGUCCCUGUUGCCUUUUCUCACUUCCGGUUCGAUGUGGAGUGCGGGGAUGAAGUCCUGUACUGCUACGAAGUGCAGUUGGAGAGCAAGGUGCGGCGGAAAGGCCUGGGGAAGUUCCUCAUCCAGAUCCUGCAGCUUAUGGCCAACAGCACCCAGAUGAAGAAAGUUAUGUUAACGGUAUUUAAGCACAAUCAUGGCGCCUACCAGUUCUUCCGAGAAGCGCUACAAUUUGAAAUCGACGACUCUUCCCCGAGCAUGUCCGGCUGCUGUGGGGAGGACUGCUCCUAUGAGAUCCUGAGCCGGAGGACCAAGUUUGGGGACAGCCAGCACUCCCACACGGGCGGGCACUGUGGUGGCUGCUGCCACUGAACACCCAAGCUAGAACGCUCUCUCCAAGGCCUGUUCUCUCCCUAGUCUCACGCCACUUGCCAGGUGCCCUCAGAGCUGUGGCCUCCUCAGCCCUGUGCGUGCCAGGCUGUACCCUGAGAACACAGAACCCUGGAAGGAGUGGUCCACGCUGCCCCCUGCUGUCUCCUAGGAGAGCAGAGUGCCAGGAGGGAGCCGAGAGGAGAGGAUGCUGCAGGAAGAGCUGGCGGAGGCCUGGGCACGAGGUGCAUCCUCCCACAGUGGCUGCCUUCUCACUCGGCUCUUACGCCCUCGAGUUAGGGUUCCCCAACUUCCCUACGCUGGAUAACUGACAACCACCCCACACACAAUUGGACAAAUGGAGUAUUUAUACCCACCUCUAUGAAAGUCCUGGAGCCCUCCGUCAGGGUCUGGCUAGUUCCCAAAGAGAAAUGGACUCGGUGUAAGAUCUGGGCACAGAGAGGCUUCUGAGAGACUUGUCUUUUGUGGAUGGAGUGCUCUGAUGGAGACCUUGGGAAGGUCUUUGGUGCCACAACACAGGGAAGCAAGGGGGCUGUUUCUGGCUGUGCCUUUGUGGAUCCCCAGUUAGCAUGGAGUUGUCCAGGGGACCAGCUGACUCUGGGGGGAGGGCUGCCCCUCUCUCUCGAGGACCAGGAACAGGUGUCGAAUGGGACCUGCCGUGGAGACUCUUGCUUCUCUGGGCUUCUGGACUUGGCUGCAUCCUGAGCUUAACCUCUUGAUCUCAUGACAGUGACUCGAGUUUUUCACUCGUGGAAAAAAGCCGGAGGCCCCGCCUGCUCUCCUCCAUCCCUUCUUACUGCUUUUCUCCCCCUGCGUCUCACCCCACACCAGAUACCCCUGUUCUUACUCUCGAGGGGUAACAUCAGGGAGCCCCUUGUCUUCCCCUAGAAAGGACCCCCAUUCCUGGCAUAUUUGAUGCCAUUCCCUCUCAAAUCUUGGUGCUGAUAGCUCUCUGAAGGUGGUGGAUCCCUCCCCACCGCCUCCCCCCGCCUUUGGAGAGCCCCCAGCCAGCAGCAGGCACCUCUGCCUGCACUCCCCAGCCUCGCCCCUCACUGCCUCAGUGAGGCACUAGUGCCAUUGCCCUGGCCGGCCGUGCAGCUGCAGCAGGAGCACCUCUCAGUGGCCGCGUCACCUGCAGCAGCGGCCAGGAGUGGCGAGAAGGCCUUCCUCUCCUCUCAUGGGAUAGAGAGGGUGCGGGGUCAGAGCUCAGACUCGCCCCAUCUCUAGACCUUGUUCCCCUUCCGGGAAAGAAAAUGACCAAAUCCUUGUCCAGGAAAAAGCACCUGACACCUCCCCUUGGACAACUUUGAGCUCUGCUUUAGGGAGUGUCUCAAAGGUCCUGCUUUUGUGAGGUUGCUCCUGAGGAAGUUUGUCAGUCCUUCGGACCUCAGAGUCUGCUCCUGCCCCACCCUCUGCCCUGACUCAGGCCGUCUGUGCUGGCGGUUGUCCCUGGAGCUGUUCUUGCUUCUCCCCCAGAUUCCUGUCCGGACAGGGCCUGUGCACACGGCCUCCUUCCCCAGCCCAGCCCUGCCCUGUGUUGGGGGCGUCUUGUUGCUCUUGACCUGCCAGCAGUGGACAUGGCACGCCCUUGGAGAGCGCCUUGCAGCUUUACACUGGAAUAAGCCCACCUUUGCCCCUGCCCUGCCAGCUCCUGGGGAUUUUACCCAAGGGGAAGAGUUAAUUGCUGGAAGGGCAUUGGAGGGCUCCUUCCAAGAACCAUGGGACAACAGAAGCAUAUUUAGGGAGAAUUUUUCCUCUGAUCCUUGCUGUCUCUCAAAGGGCACAGAAUGAUAAAUAUUUAUUGUCUUAGAUCAUGGAUUUCUGAUACCUCCCACUCAAGGGGACCAGAAGGGGCCCCAGUGUGAAUCCCACACAAGGUGAGUUCAGUGUGUGUUGCCUUUCCAUUGAACACCUGGCACUGAGCCUGUUGGUUGACGGUGCUUGUUGCCAGGUCCUGCUCAUCCAGCUGCCUCCCCCCACUUCCCAAGGGCUGCUGGGGGUCAGGGCUGGGUGGGGAGGCGCUGCCUGAGACCCGCAGGUCACCUUGUUUUUGAUGUUGAGCCCAUUCAGUUCUCGACCAUCAGUCUUUCUCCAUCUCUUCCCAAAGGUCUUGGUUUUGAGAAACCUAGCAGGCCUCUUGUACCACGCUUUUUUUGUUUAUUGUUUGGGGCAUGUUAAAAUGUUAAUUUUGGAAUUUUUUUUCAGUUGUAUCCACCCUAUUUCAGGUUAUUUUCGUUGAUGUCAGAUGUGUAUAUGACACACAUAUGGUUCUUUUUAACCUUGGUUUUGUUUUGUUUUGUUUUUUUAGAGGAUGUGUUGAAGAUAAACUCCUUGAUAUAUAUAUUUUUUUUCUUUAGCGAUCUGUUAUCACUGGAAUCAAAGGGAAAAAGUGAUCUCUUUUCGCAUUGGUUGUAUUUGUAUGUCACAAAUAAAAGACACUUUGCUCAGCUGC